UUGAGCCAGUUUCCCCACAUCUGUAUUAUAAAUUUAAAUGCCAGUAAAUGUAGCUCGAUCCGUUUCCAUAACUUCCCAAUUUGGAGUGAAGGCGCUGUCAUCGCCGUCACACACGCUGCUCGAAAACGCUACUGAGCAUGUGCGCGCACUGUCACACCAGCCAGCCAGUGCGUCUCUGUGCCUGUGUGUGCGUGUGUGUGUGUGUUUAUCUCACUACCAAGCCCGACUAAGGAGGCGGAAGGGGUGGGUAGGAGUGCAGCAGCAGGACGUUUACGGUGACGCGUUAAGGCCGAACGCCGUUUUCCCUGCAUCAUCGUGCCCGCUGUCACAGUUUCACUUCGAACUGCUGGAAAGUGCUGGAAAGACGGGACCCAAGCGACGGUCCAGGCCCGACACCGAGAACCCGACACGUGUGUGUAGCCGAAAGUAAUAAAUAAAAAAAGAUAAAAGCGCUCCCACUCCUCCUUCGAGCGACACCAAUCAACUCCAAAAUCAAACUCAACACACACACACACACACGGCCGGCUUGGUUUGGGGCAGCCUCGAAGCGGCCCGACCAUGGCAAGGAUACCGGGACGCUUGUUGCAGCGGUGCAGCCCACGAUGGAACGCUUGGAACGGGUGCGAGUGACCGGCUUAGGACGUUGCCACGCCAUCUGAUCUCCCUGUGGCACAGUGAGUGUGGCGCCGUGUGGCCUCGUGCGUCGGCAGCGACACAGCACCAUCAUUAACGUAUGUUUGUGUGUGUGUGUGUGAAUGUGUGAACGGUGUCCAAAAAAAAGACACAAAAACGGUGGCCCAAGUACAGCAGUGAAGGAAAAAAAAUCGAAAUUAAAGUCCCAUCAGUCCCCUGAAGAGAGAGAGAGGUUGGGCCCCACGCCCGUUGUUCCUCGGUGGUGUUAUCGUUUCGGGCUCAAAGUAAACAAGUGUGGCAGGAGAGGAGUCGAAGCAACAAAAGCAAAAAGUAAAAAAGUGUCACAAAUUGUGUAAACCGAAGAAGAAAAAAACACACACACACACAUUAAGGACACUGGAUUGGAUUGCGACCGCACUUUCAACCAUUGCAGGACAUUCGACGCGCGGGUUGGCGAAUUAUGAACAUCCGAACGGGGCACCAGCAGCAGCAGCAGCAGUACUUACCGCAGUCACAGCCCCAGCCAGGACGCCGACAGGGUCCGGAACGCGACGAGCAGGAGGACGACGACGCUGCGUGCUAGUGCGAUGGUGCUCAGCACGGAGUGGUCCCAGGUGGAGAUCAUCGACCUGAUCAACGAUGGCAACGGGCUCGGCUUCAUGCUGGUCGGGGGCCGCAGCACCGGCGUCGUGAUCAAGGCGCUCAUACCGGGAUCGGUGGCCGAGCGGGACGGCCGGCUGCAGAGCGGCGACCACGUGCUGCAGAUCGGGGACGUGAACCUGCGCGGCUUCAGCUCGGAGCAGGUCGCGACCGUGCUGCGCCAGUCCGGCCAGCAGGUGCGCCUGAUCGUGGCCCGGCCGGUCGAGCCGACCUCGCCCGACUACCAGGCGCUGGCCAGCCAUGCGCCCAUCAUCCCGACCAAGAUGCUCACCGAUCCGGACGAGCUCGACCGGACGCUGCUGCAAACGUCCGGCUACACGUCCGGUGCCUUCCUGCAGCCGGCCGGCCCCGGCACGCUCGGUACGCUCGGGCUGCUGGCGGCGGCGGCGGCGGCGGCCCCGACCAACACUGGCCAGCCGGACGGGGCGGGGCUCUGUCCCACCCACAUCGAGGUGGUCGCGGUAAACAACAACAGUCUGAACGGCGGCGGCGGCCCGCUCGACACGCCCAACGGUGGCCCGCUGGCGCUCAUCUCACCCACCUCGAUCGCGCUGCCCGCCCUGCCCCCGCACGCACUGCACUGUCCGGCGGCCCUGCUAGCGGAGGCGGGCGUCGACGGGCUGCCGCUGGAGGUGGUCGGGCCGCUGCCGCCCGCCCCGCUCGGUACGCCCCAGUCGCCCCAGUCGGUGUGCGGCGGCGGCGGCGGCGGCCCGCCCGACACGCCCGAAACGGAAACGUACGAGGUGGAGCUGCGCAAGAACGUGUACGGGCUCGGCAUCACGGUCGCGGGGUACGUCUGCGAGGAGGAGGACCUGUCCGGCAUCUUCGUGAAGAGCAUCAUCGAGGGCAGCGCGGCCGAGAUGAGCGGCAAGAUCGCCAUCAACGACCGGAUCGUGGCGGUCGACCAUCGGUCGCUGGCGGGCGUCACCAACCACCAGGCGGUCGAGAUACUGCGCAACACGGACAUUGCGGUGCGGCUGACGCUGGAGCGGUUUCUGCGCGGCCGCAAGUACGAGCAUCUGCAGGUGGCCCUCAUCGACCCGAUGGUGCCGAUGGCGCCGGGCAGCGGGCAGUGCGGCGGGCCGCCCGGCGGUGGCGUUGCGGCGGCGUGCCACGGCGAGCGGCCGGGCCGCAGCAACGGAACGGCGCACCAAGCGGGCCGGACGGGCAGCGGGGGCGACCUGGUGGGCAUGGUGCUGUCCCACUCGCAGACCCUGUCGCACUGUGCGUCCCAGUGCCAGUCGCAGCGCUGCUCGAUCGUCCAGUCGCCGUCGGCGACGACGCUCUCCAUCUGUCCGGCCCGGUCCGACGCCGACUCGAUACUGACCGAGUGCGGGGGGUACGAGUGUGGCGGCAUCGAGCCGGAGCUCGAGUCGGGCACGACGUUCGAUUCGAGCGUGUUCGCGCUGGAAAACGGGACCGAGGUGGCGUCCGGCGACGAGCUGCUCCUGCUAGACGACGAACCGCACGCCGAGCUGGAGCAGGAGGAGGAGGAGGAGGAGGAGGAGGAGGAUGGGGAGGAGCUGCCAGGAGCGCGGUACGCGAACGGGACGAUGGGUUUGCCGCCGGCGCCGCCGCCGCCGCCGCCGAUCCGCACCUCACCCCCGACCGGCGACAGUGACAGCUGUGAUACGCGAACGGCGCGCGGCCGCAGCGCAGGCGACGAACCCGGCGACCCGACCGUGCAGCGGUGGUCGCGCGAGGUCCCGCACAGCCAGAUCGUGGUGGCGGACAUCCGCAAGCUGGCCGGGCUCGGCAUCAGCCUGGAGGGCACGGUCGAGGUGGAGGGCGGGGUCGAGGUGCGGCCGCACCACUACAUCCGCUCGAUCCUGGAGGACGGGCCGGUCGGGCGGGACGGCCAGCUGAAGCCGGGCGACGAGCUGCUGCAGGUGAACGAGCACCGGCUGCAGGGGCUGAAGCACAUCGAGGUGGUGAAGAUACUGAAGGAGCUGCCGGCCCAGGUCCGCGUCAUCUGUGCGCGGGGCAGCUCGCCCCCGACUGUGAUCAACACGUCGCGCAACGCGGAAGCGUUCGAGGCGCGCAGCCUGCUGGCGGGCGGGCUGCAGAGCCUGCAGAGCCUGCAGGGCAUCCUCACGAAGGCGCAGUCGGAGAGCUCGCUCUACACGUCCAGCACGGCCACGCUCACCGACCAGCAGCGGUCGAAAUCGGUCGAGCAGGUGUCCGGGCUGGCGCUCUGGACGCACGAGGUGCUCUACUGCGACAUCGAGAAGACGGAGCGGGGCUUCGGCUUCUCCAUACUGGACUACCAGGAUCCGCUCGACACGGACGGCACGGUGAUUGUGGUGCGCGGGCUCAUACCGGGCGGGUCGGCCGAGACGACCAACUUCAUCUUUCCCGGCGACCGGCUCGUCUCGGUCAACGGGCACAGCCUGCAGAACGCGACGCUCGACCAGGCGGUCAGCAUACUCAAGGGCAUACCGCUCGGGCCGGCCCGGAUCGGGCUGUGCCGGCCGCUCUCCACCUCCGACAACAACCUUUCCUCCACGCCGGAAACGCCGACCACCUAGCGCGGGCAGUGGCGCGAGUGCGGCCGCCCGUACGGAGACAGCUGGCCGCAGACGCCCACAUUCUUCCAUUAGCUUCAUGGUGACCACCCCGUCCCCGGGUCGGAGGCGUAGCGGCCAUGAGCGUGUGCGUAGCGUGUGCGUGUGUGUGUUCAAUCAAGCGUGCCUUUUCGGUGGGCAAAAGAAAGCCUUCGACAUUGUGCAGGGGCGGCAACCGCUGUACAGUGACUACUUCAUCGUGCCAUCUUGGUUUUGCCUUAGGUAGGCCUCCGCACCAAGUCCUGCUCGUUCGCCGAUGCUAAUUUAUGUCUCCAUCAAUAUUCAUUUUCCCCUCUCACCCCCCCCGCCCCCCCCCUUCCAUCCUUUCACAAAGUUCGCCCACCUCCCGGGGCGGCCGUCGGGGGGCUGAUUGGGAUGAUUUAUGCGAGCAACGUCACGACUUUUAACAUCCAGCGGGCGCGUCCAUCGUUCGGUAUGCGACAUUUUUCGCCGCCACGCUCCAAGCGUUGGUUUGAAGGUCGCGCAGGACUUUGGGCAGCCCUGCGAUGCAGCCCAGCGGUGGAAAACAUUAAACUAUUGCCAGUGUGUCUGCUGCCAAGGAACGCGAACGAAAAAGCUUUCCGAAUUGGUUGUCCCAAAGAACGAUGGCGUAACAUGAUCGAAGUACAAAGCUAGCGGACUCCAAAGCCAAACCGGUCCCGAAAAGACCUGGCGGAACCUGAAUGCUGCCCGGUGCCGCUCCGAUCCGAUUAUAAAUCAAGUGGAAGCUUCCACUCCGCCGUUUAGGGCGCAAUAAUUUGUUGACACAGAACAAAAACCCGGCGCUUUCCCAGCUGCGAAAGGACACAUCCCAUGACCCGUGACGGUUACGGCGAGGUACGGCAUUGGGGCUAGGUUGGGAGUAUUUUUGGCGAAGGUAAAAAGGACCCGUGGUUGCCUGCUUUCCCCCACACCGGAAGGUCAUUAAUUUAAGCGGUAUUAAAUUUACAGCCCUUCUGGACCGUGGGGGUGACAUUGUGGUCCGGGGGAUUUGUGCGAUAAAUCGAACCGUCGCAGGGUUCUCCCCCCACCGCCAACUACAGCCGCACAAACUUUCCCGCUUUGCCCCGGGUCAGCGCUCGUUCCUGCGCUGGGCUGGCUUUUGGGAAGGAAAAUGAAAUUCAAUUAUCAUCUAAUGUCAACAAUAAAUAACCUUCACUAUCUAGUGACGCGCUUUCACCUUUUUUGGGGGCAUGGGAAGGCGCACCGAGCUGUGGCGCUUCCAAAGAAAAAAAAAAAAACAACCUCCACCCCGCAGAUGGGGAAAGCGCCGAAACUAUUGCACGAGCCGUGCUGGGUUGUUCUUCCAUUCCCCUGGGCGGGUUUCGCACAUCAUACCGUAGAACCGUAGCUCGCUGCGGCCCUCUACAGGGUGUGGAGGUGAAAAAGUUUGGAAAGCUUUAACCGUCAACCGCUUGGGACAGGUUUGGAGAAUGUUGUCACUGUGUUUGAUUACUUGAAAAGAUAGCAAACAUGAUACAAAACAGUGAUUUUUUUUUACUCCAUUUUGGUUAAAGUAUGCGCCAAAGAAGCCACUACUAGUUUGCUUUAUGUCCAAAAGAUUUUGUUUGAAGUUUUGUGAGAAGCUGAAAUGUGUUUAGACCCAAAAAGUGUUCUUCUGGAUAGUCCUUAAGGGGAGAAACUACGAUUCAUUGGAACGCCCGUUGCAAGUGGGCCAAUUCAAUUCAAAGUAUUCCAUCAAGACACUCCCAACGGACUUUGUUCUUGAUCUAAUUCUAAGGUUUUUCGAAACAAACUUCAAAAAAUACCUUUGGAGAAAGUACACAUGGUUAUACUAUUGUUCGGAUAUAUUACAGGUCAACCUCAAUGUUAGGCUCUAUACCAAAAAAAUCUUUUUAUUGAAUUGGAAAUAGUUUAUUUGGUUCCGGACAAGAUGAGGUAUAGCAUUUCCAACG